GCUUCAGUUUGCUUCGAGCGCUGGAACGUGAAAAGUCGACGACGGAGGGCCAACGUUGCGGAUGAAAACUGCGAUCCUAACUGGGAAGAUUUUUGAAAAGCGCAGGCGUGCAACGGUUUUUGUCUCCGUUUGUUUUUGAGUGCUUUUUUUUCCGAGUGUAGUGGCUGAGUGAAAAGCAAAAUCAAACGCAUUUCGUGCAUAAUUUGUGGAAUUUUACACAUUGUAAAAUCAAUUUUAUUGUGCAAAUUGAAUUUUGUUAAAAUUUUUUUUGCUAUCCAUUGCUGUGCGGCAAACAGUUGAGAAAUAUAUAUAAUGCAGCCACAUUAAGCGGGCAAAUAAAAAACAAAAAACAAAACAUCCAAACAACAUCCAAAGAGUCAACAGCAAUUACAAGGCACUAAAUCGGAGGAAGAGUGAUCACCUCGGGAUCAGGAUGUCGGCUGCCACGCACAUGGCAAUGCCGGCUCAUGCCGUCCCGCCGCCCGGAACGCCACCGGUGCUGGGGGGCAGCGGGUGCUCCAAUCUCAAUCUCAAUCUCAGCCUGCCGGCGGGCAAGCGUGGCCACAAGCGCAGCGUAUCGCUGGAGAACAACGCCCCCUUGGCGCUGCGCGGCACGCCCAGUUUGGGCCAAUCCUCGCUGGGAUCGCCGCUGCUGCAGUUUGGCCAGGGUCCCAAUCCGGGACCAGGACACUCGCAGGCCUUCCACACGGGCACCCUGAAGUCCCGCCAGGAGCAGCGGCGGUUGAGCCAGAAAUUCGGGAGUCACAGCAAUCUGGAUGACGAGGGCGUGGGCAUUGGAGUGGGCGGGGGCAUGGGCGGUGGCAUGGGCCUCCACAUGCGCAGCAAGUUCCAGAACAUCCGUCAGAUGUUCGAGCUCAGUCGCAGCUGCGUGGGCGGCGGGGGCGGCGGCGGUGGUGGGUGUGGCGACGGCAGAGGGGGCGGGGCCGAGGAGGAGGCGAUGCAAUCACUGCCGGCAACAUUGCCCCAGCAGCAGCAGCAGCAGAGGCGGACCACGCCCAUCGCCGGCGGAAGUCGCCCGCAGCAACAGCAACUGGGCGAGGCGGAACAGACCAGCGGCAACUUUCUGCGACCGAUCGCCUUCAAGCCAAUUCCGUUUGAGCCGGACUAUCGCAUCGCCUGCCAGCAGCAGCAGCAGCACCAGCAGCAACUGCAGUUGCAACAGCAGCAGCAACAGCAGCAGCAGCAGCAGCAGCAACACCAGCAACACCAACAGCAACAUCAGGCGCUGCAGCUGCCGGCGGAGGGCGGACCGGCGGGGGGCGGGGCCGAGCGGUACGGCUACGGAUCGACUCCGUCACUCGCCCCACUGCCCCCCGCAUCAGCCCAGAAAUUUGGCAGUACCACGGAUCUGCGCCACCUGGCUGCUCGGCGACGCAAUCAUCGUCUGCUGCAGCGCUGCAGCAACGAGGACGCCCUGACCCUUGACCUCUUGGUCACAGGGAGCCACGACAGACCCGAUGGGGCCAGCAGCAAGAGCAGCGGCACAGUGGUGGGCAGCAGCGACCUGACGCCCUCGCCCUCGGACUCGGGGAUCUCGGAACUGGAGGCGGCCCUCAAGGAUCGCGACUCGGAGCUCUCGUACCUGCGGCAGGCCAUGGAGCACAAUGAGAAAGACAAGGAGGUGUACUGGGAGCACGAGACGCAGCGGCUGCGACUCUUCUACGAGGGUCAGCAGCGGGAGUGCCAGCUGAAGCUGCGCAAGAUGGAGCAGCUCCUGGGGCUGCAGCAGUUCCAGCUGAAGCAGCACAAGCUGCGCCAGUCGGAGCAGGUGCAACGGCUGCAGCAGCAACUGGAUCUGGCCCGCGACGCCAGCCAGGGGCUGCAGCAGCAGGUGGACGCACUGCGUCACCAGCUGGAGGACAGCGAGUGGCGCGUCUGCGAGCGCAACGGGGAGAUAGCUUUACUCAAGACGCAGCUCAAGGAGGCGCAUCUGGAAAUCAACAUGAAGGAUCAUGCGAUUGUCAGCCUGAAGCACAGCAGCAACAGGAGCAGCAGCAACAGCAACAGCAGCAACAGCAACAGCAACAGCAACUCCAGCGACAGCAAGUCCUGUGAAAUAACCACAAGCCAAAGUCAACCAAAGCAGCAGGCGAAGGAGGAACAGCAGCAACAGCAGCAACAGCAGCAGCAGCAGCAGCAGGAAUUUCAGCAGCAACAGCAACAUCAGCAGUUUCAGCAGCAACAACAGAAGCAGCAACUUCAGCAACUGAAUCAACAGCAGCAACAGCAGCAGGAGUUGCAACAGCAACACCAGCCUGACCAGCAGCAGCUGCAGAAGAUCAUCACGCUGAAGGAUCAGGUGAUUGGAGCCCUCACCAGCGAACUGGCCAAGUUGCGCAAGGAGCUCUCCGACCUGGCCAUUGCCCACGAGUACGGCGAGGAGCCCUGUGGCCGCUACACUCGCCUCAAGCAGCAGCUAGACAACCUGAACGAGAUCUGCCAGAAGACACGAAAGUACACCACAUCAGCAGCAUCUCCGACUGUUCCGGCUGCCAACCAGGAUCUGCCGCUGCCCAAGCUGGAUGUCCUGGUUCAGCGAUUGCAGCUGGAUCAGGGACAGGCUCCGCAGCAAACGCUGGACACCCUCAUUGAGGAGUCGACCACAUAUGCCGAGGACAUAGCCAAGCUGCGCCAGAAACUGGAUGACUUUCGGCUGAACCUGGAGCUGGAGAAGCGCCAGUGGUGCGCCGAGAAGGACAAGGUGCUGGGCUACCAGAAGCAGCUGCAGGCCCACUACAUCCACAUGUACCAGAAGCUGCGAUGCCUGGACAGCGGACAGGGAGGAGCAGCCGCUGGCGGAGCAAUGGAGGCCACCAAUGGCCACUGAGAGGUGUUCCAGGAAGAGCAGGCAAUGGUGCUAUCGCCGCCGGGGCAGUAAAACUAAGGAUCCAAGGGAAAACAGUCUUUAAAGUACAUUUCUUCGCAGCAGCUGUUUUCAAAAAAAUACUCUUCUACACCACAAAACUUUAAGGAAAAAUUGACCAAUAUAUGUAAUAGUUAUCAUCAAACUGUCAAUUUGACCAACGAAAUAGUUACCCUCCCAACAACAAAAUACACACAACUCACCAUUUUAUGGUAGUUUUACCAUAAACGAAAUAGUUACAAUCCCAAACACAAAAUACACACAAGUUACCAUUUAAUGGUAGUCCCCCAACAACAAAAUACACACAACUUACCAUUUCAUGGUAAUUUUACUAUUAACGAAAUAGUUACUCCCCCAACAAUAAAUUCACACAUCUCACCAUUUUAUGGUAAUUUUACCAUUAACGAAAUAGUUACUAUCCCAAACACAAAAUACACUCAAGUUACCAUUUAAUGGUAGUUUUUCUAUUAAUGAAAUAGUUACUCCCCCAACAACAAAAUACACACAACUUACCAUUUCAUGGUAAUUUUACUAUUAACGAAAUAGUUACUCCCCCAACAAUAAAUUCACACAACUCACCAUUUUAUGGUAAUUUUACUAUUAAAUAGUAACCAAAGCAACAAUACAAUACACAUCACUAUUUUUAACAGUUGUUAACCUUUUUCGACAGUUACGUAACUAUUCGUCUUGGUCAAUUUCACCCAUAAAAUUUGCUUGUGUGUUUUAAAUAACGUAUACAAAUGUUUCAAAUAUCUUUCCAGAGGUUAUAAUACUAAAUGACAAUUUUAUUGUUUUAAAUUAUAACUAGAACAUAACUAUAAGGAUUUAUAGUAAUGUUCUACAUUAUUAUUAUCAUUUAGGAGCAAUUAAUUGUUUUUAACAACUGACUUGUCUCCGAGUUUCUAGCAAUUUGUUUCAAAAACCAAACAAUUUUUUUUUUAAAUGUUGUAUACUAUUUUGAACGCAGCUGUUUAGUAAUUUCUCAGUACUAUAUUUUCAAAACGUUUUUCUUGGGCGAAUAACAAAAAUGUUCCCAAAUUAUAAAUGUUACUUAUUUCCCGUAUUAAGUGCACAUUAUUUUUAUAGUCAAAAGGUACUAUGGUUAAUAACUGCUUAGAAUUCUAUUCAUUGGAUAGAAAACCUAGCUAAGCCUUGCAGAUUUGAUAAUACCCACAUUUCUCCAGCGACUUUCCACAAUUUCCUUCCCUGGGCGAUAAAUAAUACACGAUUUUCGAUAUUACUAGAGUUGAUAUACACAAAACUCUAUCAAAUAUUUAUACAAAAUAUGCAUAUAUUAUUUUUUUUGUUUUUAAUAUUUUACAAAUAUAUAUAUAAUAUGUAUACUUUUAAUUUAUUAAAUGUAAUUAUAAACGAGAAAAAAAACAUUUGUG